GGGAUGGGAAUGAAGGACUCUAGUUUGCCGCAGCUUGUGCAAGAGAUUCAGGAUAAACUGACUAAGGGUACUGUUGAGUGCAUGAUUUGUUAUGAUAUGGUGAGGAGGUCUGCACCUGUAUGGUCGUGCUCAAGCUGUUACUCGAUUUUCCAUCUGAAUUGCAUCAAGAAAUGGGCUCGAGCUCCUACCUCUAUUGAUAUGUCUGCAGGGAAGAAUCAGGGUUUUAAUUGGCGGUGUCCAGGAUGUCAGUCUGUACAGCUCACAUCGUCAAAGGAGAUUCGCUAUGUGUGUUUUUGCGGUAAGCGGACAGACCCACCUUCGGAUUUGUAUUUGACACCACAUUCAUGUGGAGAACAUUGUGGGAAGCCACUGGAGAAGGAGGUUGCAGGAAGAGGAAUAAGUAAGGAUGAUCUUUGCCCUCAUAUGUGUGUCUUGCAGUGCCACCCGGGUCCAUGCCCUCCUUGUAAAGCAUUUGCACCGCCGAGGUUAUGCCCUUGUGGAAAGAAAACAAUAACAACAAGAUGCUCAGAUCGGACUUCUGUUCUGACAUGUGGCAAUCAAUGUAGUAAGCUUCUUGAUUGUGGGCGUCACCGCUGUGAGCGGAAGUGCCAUGUGGGUCCUUGUGAUCCUUGUCAGGUGCCAUUCAAUGCUUCUUGCUUUUGCCUGAAAAAGGUGGAGGUUGUUCUAUGUGAAGAGAUGACAGUAAAGGGAGAGGUAAAAGCAGAGGAUGGUGUUUUUUCUUGCAGUUCUAGUUGUUGUAAGAAGCUUAGCUGUGGCAAUCAUGUUUGCAGCGAAAUUUGUCAUCCAGGCCCUUGUGGAGAGUGCAAUUUAAUGCCACAGAAUGUUAAGACAUGCCAUUGUGGGAAAACAAGCUUGCAGGAGGAACGCCAGAGUUGUUUGGAUCCGAUUCCAACUUGCUCACAAAUAUGUGAGAAGACUCUCCCUUGUGGGGUGCACCAGUGUCAACAGAUAUGCCAUACUGGUGAUUGCCCCCCUUGUUUGGUAAAAGUUACCCAAAAGUGCCGCUGUGAAUCAACUUCUCGGAAUGUGGAAUGCUGUAAUACAACGAUGGAGAAUCAGAAAUUUACCUGUGAUAAGCCUUGUGGACGGAAGAAGAAUUGUGGAAGGCACCGUUGUAGUGAAAGGUGCUGUCCUCUUUCUAAUUCAAAUAAUCGACUCUCAGGGGAUUGGGAUCCUCACUUGUGCUCUAUGCCCUGUGGGAAGAAAUUAAGGUGCGGGCAGCAUUCUUGUGAAUCUCUGUGUCACAGUGGCCACUGUCCUCCCUGCCUUGAUACAAUCUUCACUGACUUGACAUGUGCAUGUGGGAGAACUUCAAUCCCUCCUCCAUUGCCCUGUGGUACACCUCCUCCAUCAUGUCAGCUUCCUUGUUCGGUGCCUCAGCCUUGCGGACAUUCAUCUUCUCACAGCUGCCACUUUGGAGACUGCCCACCUUGUUCAGUGCCUGUGCCAAAGGAGUGCAUUGGUGGUCAUGUGGUUCUCAGGAACAUUCCUUGUGGGUCGAAGGACAUUAAAUGUAACAAGUCCUGUGGGAAGAUAAGGCAAUGUGGUAUGCAUGCUUGUGGUAGAACAUGUCACCCACCGCCUUGCGAGUCUUCCUCGUCAGCGGAAGUCGGCUCAAAAUCUUCUUGUGGACAGAUAUGUGGUGCUCCUAGGAGGGAUUGCAGGCACACAUGUACUGCACCUUGUCACCCUUAUGCUUCCUGUCCGGACGCCAGAUGUGAUUUCCUUGUGACAAUCACGUGUUCUUGUGGCCGGAUAACAGCAAAUGUUCCUUGCGAUUCUGGUGGCAGCAAUGCUAGUUUUAAUGCUGGCACUGUCUUUGAAGCUUCCAUUAUUCAAAAGUUGCCAGUACCACUGCAACCAGUAGAAGCCACCAACAAGAAGGUCCCACUUGGACAGAGGAAGCUCAUGUGUGAUGAUGAAUGUGCCAAGUUGGAGCGGAAACGUGUUCUUGCAGAUGCUUUUGAUAUAGUUCCUCCAAAUUUGGAUGCACUCCAUUUUGGUGAGACUAAUGUUACUUCUGAGUUGCUUUCGGACCUUUUUAGGCGUGAUCCAAAGUGGGUUUUAUCGGUGGAGGAGAGAUGCAAACAGUUGGUGCUUGGAAAGAGCAAAGGUGCUACAAGUGGCCUCCGGGUCCAUGUCUUUUGUCCAAUGCUGAAGGAAAAGAGAGAUGUGGUUAGGGUGAUUGCUGACAGGUGGAAGCUUGCUGUUCAAGCUGCUGGCUGGGAGCCCAAGCGUUUUAUUGUGGUUCAUGCUACUCCUAAAUCCAAAGUCCCAGCCAGGGUGCUUGGGGUUAAGGGUACCACCACAGUAAACACAUCCCAGCCUCCAGCUUUUGAUCAUUUAGUUGACAUGGAUCCCAGGCUUGUAGUUUCUUUCCCAGAUCUUCCCAGGGAUGCAGAUAUAAGUGCAUUGGUUUUGAGGUUUGGUGGUGAAUGUGAGCUUGUCUGGUUGAAUGACAAGAACGCAUUGGCUGUAUUUAAUGAUCCUGCUCGAGCCGCAACUGCAAUGAGGAGGUUGGAUAAUGGUACACUCUAUCAUGGGGCUAUUGCUGUUUUGUCUGUGGCUUCAUCUGGUUCUAAUGCGUGGGGUGGAGUGGGAAUAGCCAAGGAAGGAGCCUAUACAGCACUGAAGGGUAAUGCGUGGAAGAAGGCUGUUAUUCGGGAGUCCUCUUGGAGAGAAGAUUCAUGGGGUGAUGAAGAGUUGUCAGGUGGUUCUGCAGAUGUCCAGGCAUCUGUGUGGAAAAAGGAAGCUCCAAUUGCUGCCUCAUUAAACCGCUGGAGUGUACUUGAUAGUGAAGUGCCUUUGGGAUCAUCUUCUGUAUCGCCCACAGUAGAGGACUCUGGAAAGCAUACUUCUGCUGGUGUUCCAUCAAAUGCAAGCAGUUCGACUUCCAUGGGGCAGCUUGGAGGUUCUAUUGCAGAAACAUCUGAAGUGGUAGAUGACUGGGAGAAGGCUUAUGAAUAAGAUAAUGUUGGCUGCUCCCUGGGGAGUUUUUAUAAUCAGCUUGAGCUUAUCAUCGUGUAUAAUAUGCAGGAGACAUGGAAGUAUACACUUCUUUUGUCAUUUCAGAGCCUUGGAGUGUUAUAUGGUCAAAUGAGUACUGCGCCCUUAUAUGUCUUUGGGACAAUUCAUGCAAAAGAUAUCAAAUCGGAGGAUACAGUUUAUGAACUAUUCUCCUUCAUUUUCUGGACUAUGAGCAUCAUUUCUUUUCUGAAGUACGCCUGUAUAGUAUUACGAGCUGAUGAUAAUGGAGAAGGUGGUACUUUCGCUCUGUACUCACUCUUGUGUAGACAUGCCAAAGUGGGUUUGCUUCCAAAUGACAAAAGUUCCAAUGAGGUUAUGCAUUAUGAGAGGGAAAUACCUUUCUGGAUUAAGGUGGAAUCGAGGGCUAAAAGAGCCAUUGAAAAACAUAAGAGUAGUCACUAUGUCAUGUUGGUCCUGGCUCUGUUAGGUUCCUGCAUGACAAUCGGCAUUGGGGUGCUUACCCCAGCUCUUUCGGUCUAUUCAGCUUCAACAGGUGUUCAAAGAUCACUGUCAGAUAUGGCCAAAAAAUAUGUACCAGUUCCUUUGGCAUCUGCUAUAUUGGUGUGCCUCUUCACGCUCCAGCAUUACGGGACACGUAAAAUUGGGUUUAUGUUUGCUCCGAUUAUCAUUAUUUGGCUGAUAUGUAUUGGUGGAGUGGGUAUAUAUAAUAUUUUCUACUGGGACAGAAAAAUUAUCCAUGCAAUCUCUCCAGUAUACAUGUACAGAUUUGUUAGGAACAUUAACGUUGGCCGUUGGAGAGCAUUAGGCAGCAUAGUUCUAUGUGUAGCAGGGUCAGAGGCCAUGUACGCAGAUCUAGGUCACUUCAGAAAGAAAUCCAUCAAGAUUACAUUUGUAUGCCUCAUCUAUCCUGUUCUUGUUCUAUGCUAUGCCGGUCAGGCUGCAUUUAUCUCCAAAAACUUUCAUGAUGAUGAUUACAAUCAUCUCAGUGUGUCAGUUCCUUUAUCAGUUCGACACUGGUUCACUGCAUUAUCCCUACUUGCUUCAGCUGUCGGAAGUCAAGCCACCAUAACGGCCAGUUUCUCCAUCAUAAAUCAGUGCCUGGCACUUGGUUGUUUUCCCAGAGUAAAAGUUAUUCAUACAUCAGAUAAGAUACACGGGCAGGUUUAUAUUCCCGAUAUCAACUGGAUACUGAUGGUUCUAUGCCUUACUGUUACAAUUGGUUUCCAUAAUAUUGAGAAAAUUGGCAAUGCAACAGGUUUGGCCGUAAUUUCUGCAAUGGUUGUAACAACUUGUCUCAUGUCACUGGUGAUUGCCUUAUACUGGGAGAAGAGUUUGUUUGAAUCUAUCUGUUUUCUACUAUUCUUCGGCUUCAUUGAGGCGAUGUAUGUGUCAGCUUGUAUUUUGAAUUUCCACAAAGGAGCUUGGUAUUUAGUUUUCCUAUUGGCAUUGUCCUUGACUAUCAUGCUUUCAUGGCAUUACGGAACCAAGAAGAAGCUUGAAUUCGAUUUAACAAACAAGGUGUCUGCAGAAUGGCUUGUAGCUAUUAGCCCAGCACUAGGAGUUACCAGGGUACCUGGCAUUGGUUUCAUUUAUACUGAUAUAGUCUCAGGAAUUCCAGCUUUCUUCUCACACUUUAUUACGAAUCUUCCUGCAUUUCAUCAAGUUUUGAUCUUUGUGUCCUUCAAGUCUCUACCAGUUCCCUAUGUCCCUGCAACUCGGAGGUACCUUGUGGGAAGGAUCGGGCCAAAAGAUCUUAAAAUAUAUCGUUGUGUGGUGAGAUAUGGAUAUUGUGAUCACAUUAGAGACACUGAUGAUUUUGAGGAAGAGAUUAUUGGUUCGAUUGGAGAAUUCAUUUCCGUGGAAGAAAAUGACUUUGACAAUUCAUUUCAAGAUAGAAUGAUCAUAGUUGGCAAGCCACCAUCAAAUGGAAGUGCUUUGAUUCCUUUAAGUGAGAUUACCUCAUGUGAGGACUCAGUGAGCUUGGUGCACAGUGAAAGCCGGCUAGGUACAUUGGCUGAUGCAUGUGAGAGUGGUUUGGUUUCGAUGCAGAGAAAAAAAGUCCGCUUCAUGCUGCCUCCGAAUAGUCCUAAGAUGCGAGUAUCUGUUAGGGAGGAGCUUCAAGAACUGAUUGAUGCUAGGGAGAGUGGUGCUGCAUAUUUCUUGGGUCAGGUGCAUUUGGCAGUUCGUGACGGCUCAAACAUUUUCAAGCGGUUACUGAUCAUGACUUACGUUUUGAGUGAGAAAAACUGCAGAGAGCCUCCCGUUGCACUCAACAUUCCUCAUGCUGCUCUUGUUGAGGUUGGUAUGGUCUGUAGCAUAUAAUUGAACUGUUUCAUUACAAA